UGGUGUCAUGGAGCCCCCCGGGGCGCAGCUGCCAAGUUCAUAUGCGCCGAGACAUGCGCCCUUGGGAGACCCCCCGACCUCCGAGGAGCUGCCAGCCCCGGAGGUCUUCUGCGUGGAGGGUGACACUUCGGCCUUGAGCCCUGACGCUCAGCUCAGGAACAGGCCUCUGUUCCCGAAGGAAGAGGCCGAUCUCCCAGAGCAGGAAGAGCUGCCAUGCCGCCGCCCCCGCGCUCGCUCCUUCUCCUUGCCGGCCGACCCCAUCCUGCAGGCGGCCAAGUUGCUGCAGCAGCACGCCCUGCGGCCUAACGCGGAGGGCCGGGAGCGAGCUGAGGACGCGCGGCACAGCCCGGGCGACUGCUGCGCCAAGUGCAAGAAGCGGGUUCAGUUCGCCGACUCGCUGGGGCUGAGCCUGGCCAGCGUGAAGCACUUCAGCCAGGCCGAGGAGCCGCGGGUGCCGCCCGCCGUGCUCUCGCGCCUCCGCAGCUUCCCCAUGAGCGCCGAGGACCUGGAGCAUUUCGGGGGGCUGUUGGCGGCGGCAAAGGCGUCCGCACCACUCCUGGCGCGACUUCCCCAGCUCCGACCUCUCUUCCAGCUCCCGGGGCCGAGCGCCGCGGCCGAGCGCCUGCGGCGACAGCGCGUGUGUCUGGAGCGCUUGCAGUGCACCGCGUCGUCCGGCGCCGAGGUGACCGGUUCUGGUAGGGUGAUCAUUUGCCCUGGACCCAGGACUGUGACCGUGCGCUACACCUUCACGGAGUGGCGCACCUUCCUAGACGUGCCGACCGAUCUGCAGCCUGAGCCACUGGAGCCACGGUCACCAGAGCUGCCGUCGUGGGUCCCUGGACCAGGGUCUGGGGAUGCCGAGGAGGAGCCGGCCGUCGAGCGCUUCCACUUCUCCCUGAGCCUGCCCCCCGGCCUGCAAUCCAAGGAAGGGGAGGACAGAGACGCGCGGGACGUCGCUGUCCACUUCGCCAUCUGCUACCGAUGCCAGCAGGGCGAGUACUGGGACAACAACGACGGGGCCAACUACACGUUGCGCUAUGAGUGCUCCACCGACCGGCUUUGAGCCAGAGGCGCUUCCGGGGACUGUGGAGGGUAGGAGCUGACCAGGGAAGGGCUCCACAGGGACUUGCUGGGACGCUUAGAUGGGCAUAGUGGAUCUGGCGUGAAUUUGAAGACAGCAGGAAGGAACCGUUGAAGUAUAAACGCUCAGCACAAGCAGAGCCACAAGAGCAAGCAUUGUGGGUCUGGGUAGUGCUCUGAACCUCUCUGGUCUGUCUUCUUCCUAGACGACCUCCAGAAUCCCCAGACUCCGUCAGAAUGGGAAGAAAUCCCCAGGGCCCCCACGCAGAAGCUCCCACCAAGGAAAAGGCUCCCCACCCCGAGCACGGCUCUAUGACCUCGGGUUUUGUUUUUAACUCGGGAUUUUGUAUUUUCAUCCUUGUAACUUGAUGGAGACGUCUGGAAAGGACAAAACACUUCAUCCACUAAGGGAAGGCGCAGGCAUGGGACCUUCCCACCCAGGCUUGUUUCUAGGAGAAAACUGGGUGGGAGGCUGGGUCAGGCUGUCCUUUUCUUUUUAUUGGGAACUUAAAAUGUUUACCCAGACUUGACAUUAUUGACUUGUGAGAUUGUGUACAAACGUCUUUUUAAAAAGUAAAGGCC